GGAAACAUGAAUGUCACGGCGGUUAUAUUGUUCGUGUUCUUUUAAACUAAUAUUUCGCGUUGUUUCCACUCAGAUGCAAGAGAAAUCGAAUUGUGCAUUGCGCUAUAUCCACCCUCUCGAGUAAUUGUAUCCAGCUACGGCAGUCUGCGUUGAUCGAGAACCACCAUUUAUUUGACUCCUAUCUUCACAGCGACCCGCGCAGCGUCCAUGCAUUCUGCUUAUCACCGAAUACAACACCAAUGCCCCAAUCGGUCGAGGCGUUUACCCAGAGGUCUACGUCCUGCGAAACCCCUCGUGGAGACAAGGUAUGGGGUGGUAGGGUGGAGGAUAGGGAACUGCGAGAUAAACCUGGAGAGCUUUGCGAGGAAAGACCUCCAGUGCGGUAUAACAUGUUUUUACCUCCAGUGCCCUCGGGAAGAGCGGGGUUCGAUACGUUGACUAUUGUUAUGAUAACGAGUAAUAGAGAACACGUCUUUAAUCAAAUCCCAAACGGCAUCGGUCUUUUCACGACCGAUGAGAAGAGAAGUCGUCCAUGCCAACACGAUGACCACAAUAUGGAUGACCAGUGUGAAUGCCCUUCAACAUCACACCGUGCUUGCCGCAAAGCGAGGCUGCGGCGCGCCAUCUUGCCUAUAGCAUUUCCCCUUCUUUCUGUAGCCGCGUGCCUUUCUGGUCACAACCUACUGCUCCGAAGUUGGUGAUCUGCUGGAAGCGCUUGGAGUUUGGUCACGGUCAUGGCAUAUGAUUAGACAAGCG